CUUUUACCCAAAUUCAGGGGUACAUUACACAGUUGUUUUCUUAUUCUCCAAGGUAUAGCACAUGGUUUCUUUCACUUUCCAGUUUCCAAUACCAACCAAACUUAACCAUAUUAAAACCCCUUCAUAAACCCCUCAAACAAAUCACAAUUAUUACCAUUUUUAAUCACUUAAACAAACACAUAAUCACACAAAUUAUCAAACUCAAAUGGAAACAACUGCAACGCAACUCGGCUCAACGCCACCUCCCACCUCAGCUCCAUCGCCUGUCCGUCCUUCUAUCUGCGACGGCACCUUAGGCCGCCAUCUUGCUCGGCGACUAGUCGAGAUCGGCGUCCGUGACGUCUUCUCCGUUCCCGGCGACUUCAAUUUGACACUUCUUGAUCACUUGAUCGCUGAACCGCAGCUUAACCUCAUCGGCUGCUGUAACGAGCUUAACGCAGGUUACGCUGCUGACGGUUACGCGCGUGCUAAAGGCGUUGGCGCGUGUGUUGUUACUUUCACUGUUGGUGGACUCAGUAUCCUUAAUGCCAUCGCCGGAGCUUACAGUGAAAAUUUGCCGGUGAUUUGUAUAGUCGGAGGACCUAAUUCCAAUGAUUAUGGUACUAACAGAAUCCUUCAUCAUACUAUUGGUGUGCCAGAUUUUUCUCAAGAGCUUCAAUGCUUUCAGACGAUCACGUGUUUUCAGGCGGUGGUGAAUAAUUUGGAGGAUGCACAUGAACUUAUUGAUACUGCAAUUUCUACUGCUUUGAAAGAAAGCAAGCCUGUUUAUAUCAGUAUAGGUUGUAAUCUUCCUGCAAUUCCUUAUCCAACUUUUGCUAGGGACCCUGUUCCAUUUUUUCUUGCACCAAGGGUAAGUAAUCCAGAAGGAUUAGAAGCGGCAGUGGAAGAAGCGGCUGCAUUUUUGAACAAAGCUGUGAAGCCAGUUAUUGUGGGUGGGCCAAAACUAAGGGUAGCAAAAGCACAAAAGGCUUUCAUGGAGUUUGCAGAAGCUAGUGGAUAUCCAAUUGCUGUUAUGCCCUCUGGUAAAGGACUUGUACCAGAAAAUCAUCCACAUUUCAUUGGAACAUACUGGGGUGCUGUUAGUACAAGCUACUGUGGAGAGAUAGUAGAAUCUGCUGAUGCAUAUGUUUUUGUUGGUCCCAUUUUCAAUGACUAUAGCUCUGUUGGAUACUCAUUGUUGAUAAAGAAGGAGAAAUCCUUAAUCGUGCAGCCCAAUCGUGUCACCAUUGGCAACGGUCUUUCCUUGGGCUGGGUUUUCAUGGCUGAUUUCUUAACUGCAUUGGCUAAAAAGGUGAAGACUAACACCACAGCUGUGGAGAAUUACCGUCGUAUCUAUGUUCCGUCAGGCAUUCCUCUUAAGCGAGAGAAGGAUGAACCUCUUAGAGUUAAUGUUCUAUUCAAGCACAUACAGGAACUAAUAAGUGGAGAUACUGCUGUAAUAGCUGAAACCGGAGAUUCAUGGUUUAACUGUCAGAAGCUCCGUCUACCUGAAAAUUGCGGUUAUGAAUUCCAGAUGCAGUAUGGAUCAAUUGGUUGGUCUGUAGGUGCUACUCUUGGAUAUGCACAGGCUGCGAAAGAUAAGCGUGUUAUUGCAUGCAUCGGUGAUGGGAGUUUUCAGGUGACAGCACAGGAUAUUUCAACAAUGAUCCGCUGCGGACAAAGAAGCAUCAUCUUCCUUAUUAACAAUGGAGGUUAUACAAUUGAAGUUGAGAUUCAUGACGGUCCAUACAAUGUGAUCAAGAAUUGGGACUAUACCCGCUUUGUCAGUGCCAUCCACAAUGGAGAAGGGAAAUGCUGGACUGCUAAGGUACGUACAGAGGAAGAUUUAAUCGAAGCGAUUGCAACAGCUACAGGAGCAGAGAAAGAUUCACUAUGUUUUAUAGAAGUUUUUGCACACAAAGAUGAUACAAGCAAAGAGCUGCUAGAAUGGGGAUCUCGUGUUGCUGCUGCUAACAGCCGUCCUCCUAAUCCUCAAUAGAAAAUCAAUUACUAAUUGUUGUAUAUUUUGGGGCACUAGGUUUAUUGUGUACAUGGAGGACAUGUAUAGGAUAAAUGGUACAUGUUAUAUGAGAAAUAAAUUGGAAUAAAUGCUUGCUUUUUGUAACAUCCUUCUAGUCCCCAAGUGUUAGCUUUGUUGUAAACAUGAAUUGGGGUUUACUAAUGAUAUUCUGUUGUAUGUAACCAUUGCUUGAAUGAUUAGAAUAAAGAUAUCCAUUUAAUUAUGUAGGGAUCAAAGUAUGUGAGAUUGUUUGUUUGACAGAGUCUGUGGCUUAGGAUGUCUGAUGUAUCAAUAAAGAUAUUAUAUUCAAUGUAAUAAUAAUUUUGCUUAUA